UUCUGAAUACCGCGACUCAGUAGCACAUGAGCGCUCGUUCACUGAGCAUCAUUAGUCACACGCAGACGGGAUCUAUAAAAUGCCACCCCGUCACAAUCGAGCGUGAGAGAAUUCCAGAAAUAAAAUCAUAAAUUUUAUCGAUAUUAAAUAAAACGUGCUGUGUGAAUUGGUAUUUAUUCUUCGUACGUUGGUUUAAAUUAUUGAUUAUUCUUUAUCUCAAUCCAUCGGAGGAACACUCAUCAUUCUACUCACCUCCGUCAAAAUAAUUCGAGACGUGCAAGAAGAGUGUCGAGAGCUCGUCGUUGUUUUGCAAUUUGAGGGCGAGCAAGGGAAUUGGAGAUUCAGUGAUAUUACAAGGACUCUCAGACAUUGUCGAAGUACGAGUGAAUAAUUUCAAGAGGAGAGUGAAGAGAAAUAUCUCCGCGGCUAAAGAAAAAAAAACAAGACGAGAGAGUGAACGAGUGGUUAUCUCUUAAGGAGCUCUCAAAACACAGGCAUUGUUUUAUUGAGAGGCAACAUUACCCUGGAGCCGCAGGCCGCGCUCCUCAGAUUGAGACGAGGUCAUUUUCAAAAACAUUGACAUCUCAGUUGAAACUCCAGCAGUGGUAGAACUCUCGUUAGAAGUUAAUGACAAAUAGUGUGGAUUUCCUGGGGAAAUUGAUUAAUCGUAGUGUGAAAAUUUUAUGAUUUUAUUUUUCCUUGUGAUUUGAUCGACGUGAGUGAAGUGGUCCGGCCCAUAAAAUGGUGCCCCAGCAGCAGGACAGUCCCACAAAUUCCGGGAUGCCCCUGUUUGGAUCGCUCCUCGUGGAUAAAAAUUCAUCAACACCUUACUCAGACGCAACUCAGACUAAGAAGAACAAUCCAAAUCACAUAAAAAGACCGAUGAAUGCGUUCAUGGUGUGGUCUCAGCUUGAGCGCAGAAAGAUCUGCGAAGUUCAACCAGACAUGCACAAUGCUGAAAUAAGUAAACGUCUUGGACGGCGCUGGAAGACCCUGAAUGAGAUUGAGAGGAGGCCAUUUAUCGAGGAAGCUGAGAGACUGAGGAGAUUGCACAUGAUAGAGUACCCGGACUACAAGUAUCGUCCAAGGAAAAAGACAACAAAGCCAGCAACAACGCCAAAAAUAAAAGACGUGAAGAAAUCGAAAAAAUCAUCACCAUCGUCAGCCUCAACGAGUCCGACGAUAACAAUAGCCACACCAACAGUAUCCCCAAAAUCGAGAAAUGACUCGAACAACAACACUCAAUCACCCGUUAAAAGGCUUCAGACACAUCCAGCAACGAAUUCAGUAUCAAGGCUCAAGAUAAGAUUAGCACUGGACAAGAGGCCAUCACCAGUUGACUACACACCAGUACCACCAAUUGUCACUGCCAAAGUACCAAGUAGCCCAUCCUGCGAUACACCGGACUCCCCAGAAUCGGCGAGCUUUUACGAGGAUAACUUUUCAGAUUGUGUUGGAACGAGUAUCGUGACAACGACGAGUGUACCCGGUGGAUCACCGGGCAUGAUAACUGGACGAAAGAUAAAGCAGGAGGCGUCGGACCUCGAUUAUCACGAAUUCACGAUGAGUGACAGGCUUUUAUCCUCGAUGCGUAGCUACUCGGAGAUGGAUACGUUGACGAGAAACUUCCAAUGUCCGUCCAACAAUAACUGUCAUCUCGAUAACUUUAUGAUUGUCAAGGAGGAACCCAUGGAUAGCGCCCAGUCAACCAAUGCCAUCCUACCAAGCUUACAUUCUGUCAGUAGCCAAGGGAUUAAAAUUGAGGAGCACACACCAACAGGAUCAGAUGGCAGCUUAGCUGAUCUUGAUUCACUUACUGAUCUCUUUCACAUACCACCUGGCUUGGACAUUGAUAUGUCGAGUCUUGAUACCUUUGAAACGGCAAGCUCGAGCAGUGACUCCCACUUUGAAUUCACAUCGACACCAGACGUUACUGAUAUGCUUUCAGACAUUGGUCUAAACAAUGAGUGGGGCAGCUUUUGAGACGACGACGAGGGUGUGGGUGAGGAGAUGCGGUAACGAUUCCAGUUGUCCUCGAGUACUCAGUAGUUCGAUGAUAAAUCACGACUAAUGAACUUCCGCGGGUUUCACUCGGGAUACUUCCGAUUUUAUGGUGAUGAGGAAACAAACAGGGGAUAUGAGAGAGAGAGAGAGAGAGAGAGAGAGAGUUCCCAGUCCAUUCACUGCCCUCCCCGUCGUACUCUCCCAUCGAGGUUUCUCUUCCGAAUUCUCGACAAGCAGAGAAAUUAUUGAAAAACAAAAAGAAAAAAUAUUAAGUGGAUAAAUAAAUCUAGUGAUUAUCUUGAGGUAUACAAUGUGGACUCGUAUUGAUUUAUCUUCUUCACGCGCGAGAAUUUUGUCAUCCUUGUACAAUAGUUAUACCCUAUUUACUUCGAUUUCAGAGUAUAAAUAAAACGUUUUUGUAUAUGUAUUGUAGUAUACUAGUUUCGUAAGGAUAUUUGUAUGAAGGGAGGAGUGAGGGCUAGGUGGCAGUCAAGUGUUGUGGCAAUCGGGGACAAGGGGUGUGUUCAAGUAUUUUGUUGACAGCAAAGUAGGAGAUGAAGAGGCGAUUUGAGUGAUAGAUGCACCCUCUGUUCUCGGGCCGUGGACUUACCAGCCAAAUUUAGUUCCUCUGUUGUGUAUAUCGGUAGAUGCAUAUUCAGUAAUAUAUAACACUCCUUAGAAAGCAAACCUACGUUUUAAGUACUGAGAGGAUGUUGAUGCCGUCAUGGACGGUGGAUUUUUGUGCCGUACAAUGUACGUUGUGCGGAUUUUUUCAAGUCAUACUGAUGAUUGGAGCCGAUUGAUGAAACAAUUUUUUUGGAAUUAUUGGCAAUUGAGAGAGAGAGAGAGAGAGUUGAAUUUUCCUUGGCAAAACAAGUGUGGAAUCCUUGGAGUGGUAAUGAUUCAGUGAGCUAAGUGGAUUGAAGAGAUAAGUGUUAUUAAUUUAUACGUGAGACGAUUCGUUUCUUUUCUUGUUUUUGAAGGUGAAUAAACUUAUUGUAAAUUGAAAUAAUCAUGAUUUUGAAUUGCGAAUUCUUUUUUUUUCAGUAUCGUUUUUGUCGAUAUUUUCUCAGUAGCUCUAACCGGUGGAGAUUUCCUUAUUCCAUUUAAUUGCUGAAUUCUCAUGAUUAUUGUAGAAAUGAUAAGUGUUUGAUGGAUUAUGGUUAUCAUAGGGAAACUAUUUGACGAAACUCUGUCGACAAUUAUUUAUUUCAAUUAUCUUUUUUGUUUUCAUCAAUCCAACUUUGAAUUUUUCUUUAUGAUGAUUGUAGAAUUAUUUUACUUUAUUCUUCCUAUUCUGUAAUUCAAGAGAGCGUGGAGUGAAGUAUCCGGAUGACGAAACUAUAUUAUCAAACUUUGAUCUCAUGUUCUUUACAUUUACUUAAAUAAUUAAUGAAUUAAUGAACACUUUAUUCGUUCUCACUUAUCACACUAAUACCAGCCACCCACUACCAUUUCCUUAUUAUUUAGGCGCAAUUAUUAUCUAUUACUUUUUGUUUUUUUUUCUUAUUUUUUUUUUAUUUCAGCGCGUUAUGUUAACUUUUUUUAGUUCUCAUUUGCAGUCAAAUGUUGCACAUCACACGGAAAUUAAUUUCUCUUAUCUGAACUAUUAGACUCGUGACAGCACCGACCAUUAAACUAUUGAGGAAAUAAACGAGAGAAUAAGAGAGUGGAGGUUUCAGCAAAGUGGAGGCAAAUGUUAAGAAUAAAUUUGGAGGUGAGAGGCAUUGGGUAACUCGAUUCAGGGAUAUUCAAGACAGGGAAAUGAGAGUUUAGAGAUGAUUUAAUUAAAAAAAUGGAGAAAUUUAUGAAACAAAAAUAGUGCCUAUCACUCUGGUUUUGAAGAAGGAACAUUUGUACAAAAUUAAAUACAGGGCCAAAAAAAGAAUAACAAAGUAAUAUUAGACGUCUAUUUACAAAUGGAAAUAAGGAGUUAAAAAAUCCAAAUGGAAAAUUAACAGAGAAAUACAAUCUAUGAAACAAUCACAUUUAAUCAUCGCGGUUUGGGGGGAAGGCGGGUUCAGAUUGUGGUUGAAAAUGAUUUCGAGUCAGUUAAAGAAUGUAACGUAAUUAUCCCGUUUAAUAACAGGAAUUAAUGUAUUGCACAUGUAGCGAUGUGUGAGUGGAUAGUUAAAAUUGAAAGAAAACCUCUACAAAUACAGGCUGUGAAUAUUUCUGGAACAAUACAUGGAGAAUAAAAACUGUUGAAUCAGAUCAUAACAGACCAUUGCACAGAAUGAAACGUCCCGAUUAUUGAUUGCUUAGGCACGGGUAAAGGCUCAUCAAUACUGCCAUUGGUGGAACGAAAAUUGACGAACACGAAAUAGUCGAGAUGGGAAAUUUCUUUUGGGCGUAAGACAUAUCAAUUUUAUUGCAGGCUGAACCACAAGCGUAUCCUCCCCUAUUUUAUUACGUUAACAAUUUUUUUUAAUACAUUACUUUCAAUUUGUUCAAUUUGUUGGUUUUAUUUUUUAAUUUUUUGCUCCACUCGAUAUUCGAAGGAAGAGCAUUGCGCUGGAACUUUAAUCUCGGAUAAGCCAAAUAUGGAUUAGCAAAAUGGCCAGUAGAUCGCGAAUUGAUAAUUCAUAAAUGUUUAAUGAGGUAAAUUUUGAAGGAUGGAAAAAAUGGAAAAGAGUAAAUCCUCAAGUCGUUGUUUUAUGUUACGCUUGUACGUGAUUUUAACGAAGCGUUGACGGUGAGGCGCAAUUUCUGCUGUUUUUCCUCAUAAAUUAUGAGCACAUUUGUGAGAUUAAGGUAGGGAGGGAGAAAGAUUGGUAUUGGAGGUUUGCAACGAAUGGCGGUUUUUUCAUUAACUAAUGAUUGUCGUAUUUUUAGGAGUUUUGGGUGCCAAAAACAUUUGAGAAAAAAAAUUGUACAAGCGACUCAAGUCUGCUGAAUUAAAGGGUGGAAUUUUUUAAUGUAAAUUGAGUGGUUGAUAAAUUUUUGCAAAUUAAAAAUUAGAAGAAACAUAAGAUAUCGAAUAUCGAAAGAAUGUUUGUCAUUAAGUAUAAAAACAUACGUAAGGAAAAAUAAUGAAAAAAAUCUUGAAAAAAGACUAAAAAAAAUCAUCUUUCUGUGGCUUACUUGUCCUUGUGAAACUACAUAUUUGCGCGAAUUGUGAUUAGAAAAACAUACUUAUUCAUAGUCUAUAUGGUAUUCAUAAUAGAAGAUACAUGAACAAGAAGAAAAUGUAGGAGCAGUGGAGAGAGAAAUUCAUUGAGAUUACGAACAAUUAACUAUCGUUAGAGCGACUGGAUUUAUUGAGAGAGUGGGAAAGAAUCAUUGAAUAAACAAUUGGAUCGGUGUUAAAGAGUACAAUAGCAGAAAAAUAAUAAUAACUUAUUGAUGAGUUGACGAUGCUGACUUGGAUCGAGGAGUGAAAAAGUUUCGAUUCUGACAAUUAGAAUUAGAAAAAAUCGUCACUGAUGCUUCCGAAUAUCAAUUUACGGAUUGAUGAGUACCUUUUCGUUCCUCGCGCCAACUUCACAUCAUCUAUUAUUAAAGAGUAUCAUCUUAAGAAGUGUUCACUAGAGAACGCAUUCAGAUUUUGACAAAUAAACUCGAUUGAAUUCA